AACAACAACUACAACAACAACAACAAGUACAACAACAUCUACAGCAACAACAACUACAACAACAACAACAAGUACAACAACAUCUACAGCAACAACAACAAGUACAACAACAUCUACAGCAACAACAACUACCGCAACAACAACUACAACUACAACAACAUCUACUGCAACUACAACAACUACACCAAUACCAAUCACAACAACAACUAUCGCCACUACAACUACAACAACAUCUACAGCAACAACAACUACAACAACAACAACAAGUACAACAACAUCUACAGCAACAACAACAAGUACAACAACAUCUACAGCAACAACAACUACACCAAUACCAAUCACAACAACAACAACUAGUACAGCAACAACGUCUAAAACAAUAACUACAGCAGCAACAACUACAACAACAAGUACAACAACAUUGACACCAAUAACAACUACAACUACAACUACACCAAUAACAACUACAACAACAACAACAACAUCUACAGCACCAACAACUACACCAAUAACAACAACUAGUACAGCAACAACAACUACAACGACAAGUGCAACAACAUCGACAGCAAUAACAACUACACCAAUGACAACUACCACAACAACAACUACAACUACAAUUACAACUGCAAGCACAACAACAAGUACAACGACAUCUACAGCAAUAACAACUACAACAACAAGUACAACAACAACAAGCACAGCAACAACAACUACAACAGCAAUUAUAACAACAACUACAGCAACGACAAGUACAACAACAUCGACAGCAAUAACAACUACAACAACAACUAGUACAGCAACAACAACUACAACUACAAUUACAACUGCAAGUACAACAGCAAGUACAGCAACAUCGACAGCAACAACAACUACAACAACAACAAGUACAGCAACAACAACUACAACAAAAAGUACAGCAACAUCUACGGUAAUAACAACUACAACAACAACAAGUACAACAACAUCUAGAACAACAACAAGUACAGCAACAACAACUACAACAACAAGUACAACAUCUACACCAAUAACAACUACAACAAUAUCAUCAUCUACAAAUAUCCCAUCUAGAAGCAAUAUUGAUUGGCGGACAAUUGCUAUUUGUUUCAUUAUCUUAGGCUCUGUCUUUUUUCUAACAACAAUCGUAUUUAUUAUUGUUACUGUGAUAAAAUAUGCACGAAGCUGA